AACUUUAUAGAAUUUAGUUGGUCAUAUUUUUUAUAUUCUUAUGUGUAAAGUUUACUUAAUGGGUUAUUAUGGGGUGUUAAAUAGGGGUUACUAAACUAUUUUGACUGGGAUUACUAAGGGCAAAUGGGUUACUGAGGUUGUGAUAUAAUGGGUUAUUAGAGGGGUUAUUUAGAUGCUUUUAUAAGAGGUUACCAGAGGGGUUUAGGGCAGGUGACAUUCAUAUUCCAUUAAAUUGGGAUUACUAGAUGGUUUCUUAUGGCAGAUGUUAGCAAUUGUUAUAUCAGGGGUUACUUAAUGGGUUACUUUUAUAUUUAAUUCUCAUUUUAUAAGGGGUUACCUUUAUGUUGUUAUUAGAGGGCGGAUGUAUUAUUUAAGGGUUACUUAUUAUAAUUUUGAUAUAAGGGCUUCUUUAGGGGGUUACUUUUAAUAGGUUACAUAAAUAUAUUUUUAUUUUCAUAUGUAUUUAUUUUAAGGGGUUUCUUUUCAUGAUCUUUUCUUUAUUUUGUUUUUUUUUCCUGUUGAUUUCUUUUUUAAACUAUGUAUUUUUGUUUUAUUUAGAGAUAUCUUAUGUCAAGAUACAUGACAAUCAAAGGUCGUGAGAAUGGAGUGGAUGUAAUGGAUUUCCCAAUUCGAAUGAUUAAAGUUGAUGGACCGAAAGCUGCUGCCAAUGUUGAUUGUGGAGUGUUCUGCCUUUAUCAUUGUGCUUCAUAUUUUGGCAAAUCAUUUAAAAGCUAUCGUUUAAAUCAGAUAAUUGAACGCCGUCGAUAUCGAGCUGAAAUUUGUGCUUCACUGGUUUUAUCUGAUUUGAAUAAGAUAAGAGACAAUGUAUUAUCACGUGUUGAUGAUUUUGUCAAAAACAAUGAAGCAAUUAUGAUUGAAGUUUUAAGGAAUGAAAAGCUUGUUAGAGAGGCUGAAAUUGAAGCUUUGAAGGCAGAGCCACAAGCUGAUCUUGAAAGGAGAAGAAAAGCUAAAUCUGAUAAAGAAGCAACAGCUUUGGUGGCUGCUACAAUAGCAGCAGAAGAAGCUGCUGCUAAAAGAAAAUCAAAAAGAAACAACACAACACAAAUUGGAGAUGUUGAAAAAGAAGAAGCUGCGUUAGUGGCUGCUACAAUAGCAGCAGAACAGGCAACUUUAAAUAGAAAAUCAAUACGUAAUGUAUCAGCAGCUGCACCAGUACAAGCAGUAUUAUCUAGAUCUAGAGCUCCAGUUGUCAAGAGAAAUGCACCAGCAGCAUCAUCUAUAGUACCAGCACCAGCAUCUAAAUCUACAACACCAACAUAUAGAAAGAAGAAUUGAAAUGAAAACUCAAAGGACAGUAAGGAAUUGAAAUGAGAACUCAAAGGACAAUAAGGAAUAUAUUUUUCUCUAGGUUUUUAAGUAUCAUUGGAUUCAUUUGAAUUUAAUUCAUAUAAUUAGUUUAUGUUUGAUUUUUUUUUUAUCUCUAUGUUGGAUAAUUAGUCAUACUUGAUCUAGUUGCAUUGUUAAUAUUUCAAACUAUAUAAAUUAGUUUAAAAUUUAGUAUGUAAACUACUUUAAAAUUUUGUUCAUUUUUUUUUGUCUAUGGAAUAUUAUGCACUAGAUAUUAGACAGCUUAUUAGAGGGAUUAUUAAAAGUGUUACUUAGGGGGUUAUCACAGGGAUUACUUAGGUUGUUAUCAGAGGGGUUACUUAUAGGGUUAUCAGAGGGGUUACUUAGGGGGUUACCAGAUGGGUUAGUUAGAGGGAUUAUCAGAGGGGUUACUUAAAGGGGUUACUUAGGGGGUUCCAGAGGGGUUACUUAGGGGGUUACCAGAUGGAUUACAUAGGGGUUUAGGGUUAGGGGUUACUUGGUUUUUUGUUAGGGGUUAGGGUUAGGGGUUAGGGUUAGGUUGUUUCCUCAUGUUUGUUAGGGGUUACUUUUGGUUUUUUGUUUCCUUAUUAGGGUUUACCUUUAUUUAUAUUGUUGGGGUUACUUUCAUUUACUUUGUUGGGCACCAGGUUGUUUAUAUAGGGGUUACUUGGGGCUUAUAAGGGGUUACUACCAUUUACAUUGUUGGGUUUAAUUCCAUUUGUUUAUAUAGGGGUUACCUGGGGUUAUAUGUUUCAUUAUAAAGGGUUACUUGGGGUUAUAUAUUUUCUUAUUAGGGGUUACCUUUAUUUACAUUGUCAAGGUUACUUCCAUUUACAUUAUUUGAGUUACUUGCAUUUGUUUAUAUAGGGGUUACUUGAGGUUAUAUAUAUGUUUCAUUAUAUAGGGUUACUUGGGGUUACAUUGUUGGGGUUACUUCCAUUUGUUUAUAUAGGGGUUACUUAGGGUUACUUGCAUUAGUUUAUAUUAUUAGUGGUUACUUGGUGUCAUGUUUCCUUAUUGGGUUUUUUUUUUUUUUUAUAUAAUUUUGUUUGUAUAUAUAUAUAUAUGUUAGGCAUUACUUUAGGUUAAAUGGUUCUUAAUUACAGGUAUAUGUCAGGGGUUACUUGUGUUUUUUUUUUCUUUAUGUAUAUAUAUAUGUUAAAUUCUUCUUAAUUAAAGGUAUAUGUCAGGGGUUACUUUUCUUAUUUUCUUUAUGGUUACUUGCUAUUUAUUUACAAUAUUAUACACAUGUUUUGAAAAUUAAAUAAAUAUCUACAACUUAAAUUAUAAAUGUCAAGGAAAACAAUAACUUAAUAUUAUUUCUAUUUUAUUCUAAAAUAUUUACUAUUGUAAAGACAAAACAGUAAUAUGAAAUUAAAAGAGCUUUGGAUUUACUACAGGUGUGAUUGUUCCAAAUUCUCUUGUGUCACCUUUUGCUUGCAUUGCUUUUGUUUUCUUUGUUUUUGGUUGUUUUCCUUUUUCAAAGUGUCCCUUGAUUCUUUUACUUCUCCCUUUAGUGUUUGCCCUUGCUGGAUCACUCACUGUUGGUAUUUCUUCUUCAUUUUGCUGAUCUGUUGUGGCAUCAUCAGAUUGUUCUCCUUCUUCUUGUGCUUCUACCUGUUUUUUUAUUUGUUCUACUUCCUCUUCAAUUUUCUUUAGUUGUCUCUCUAAAAAGUUGUGUGUCUCUUUGUAGUGUUGAUACUUCAGAAUUAGAUUGUAGCUCUUUCUUGCCAUUGUGUGACGCCAAGGCAUAAAUUUCUCUCUUGCUGUUGAAUUUUCUACUGCAUUUUCAUCCUUUUUUUUUCCAUAUAUGAGCUUUAGUCAUCUUUGUCCACCUUGCUGAGACAUAAUGUUCAGGAAUUCU